GAUCAUUGCUGGCAUUCACGACUUUCAGAAUGAACGAAGAAGGUGGGUAUCUUGGCGCUAUGACGUAUCAAUGCUUGUACAGUGGGAUCCUGGACAAAAUGCGAUCAUUAAAGAAGGACGAUGAUCGUGCCUUAGCUGCUAUUCAUCGUUUGCGAUCAGCUAUGAAAGCGUCUGACAGUGCAUCUCCUUCCUUUUUGUUUGACUUCACCAAGAUUUUGUUGGCAGAAUCGGAACUCAGCAUUAAUUUGCAGGAGGCAUAUCUUCGAAUGCAUGAUAGCUCACCGACAGAUGAUCUUGUUGUUCAAGGUUACGAACAUGUUCCUGAGUACAAAGAGCUUACAAAAAGAGCUAUCGAACUGCGACGAGUUUUGUCAAGGGUACCGGAGGAAAUGGCUGAUCGUCAUCAGUUUUUGGAAACUAUUAAGUUGAUUGCAUCAUCUAUAAAGAAGCUGUUAGAAGCUAUCAACGCUGUACUGCAGAUAGUACCUCUAUCAGCACAGCAAGCAGUCGAGAAAAGGAAGCGGGAGUUUGUACAUUAUUCGAAGCGAUUCAGCAAUACUUUAAAGACAUAUUUCAAGGAUCAAAAUGCUGUUCAGGUAUCCGUCUCUGCCAAUCAGCUGGUAUUCCAGACAUCAUUAAUCGUGAAAACAGUGAAUGAGAAAUUGAGAAGAUGAAUUGAAAAAGUGCAAAAACAAAACUGUGAUCUUAUCUCCUCAUAUCAUUCUCGUUAGCUUUAAAAUACUUAAGAAUUAUUUCGCAAUUUUGGUGUGGUAUGCUUGGAGGUUGAUUUUGCGUUUGUGCUGUGACCUCACCAUGUUCGUUUGCUCAGUUGUUCCAUUAUUUUCACUUAUGCCAAAAUUCUGUAUACAAAGCUAUGUGUUCGUCUUUUCAUUAAUUAGUGUGAUGAAUAAAUUGAGUACAUGACUUGAAAUGAAGUUUGGUGCUAA